GAGAUUUGCGUCACUUCCACCAAUAACAAGAGACGUCAGAGUCUGGCCGGAGUGGACGAGGAGGAGCAAGGAGCUGAUGAAUGAUCGUGUCACAGGAUCAGCAGCGCAGCGGUGGAGCUGUCGAGAUGGCUGUCCUGGGCUCCUGUUGAAGGACUGUGAUCAUUUCAUCCGUGGGACAGUGGCAGAUCAGCAAGUCAUUUCGUCGCGGCGGCGGUAGAAGUAUUUCUAUACACCGAGAUCUGCAGAUGGGUCAGGGUCUGUGGAGGGUGGCGAGGAACCAGCAGCUGCAGCAGCAGUACAGUGAACAGUGCUUCCUCCAGCGGGACAGAGAGCGGGGCCGGAGGAUGGGGCCCCCACUGGCUGACCCCCUGCAGCAGCGCCGCACACUACAGUGCCAGGUGUCCAGCACCGACAUCAGCCACCUGCUGCGCGUCCGCAAGGGCAAAGAGGAGCAGGGCUUCAUCGAUCUUGAGAUGCUGCCUCCUGAACUCAGCAUCACCAUCCUCUCCUACCUGAAUGCUACCGACCUGUGCCUGGCCUCCUGUGUGUGGCAGGACUUGGGCAAUGAUGAGUACCUGUGGCAGGGUCUGUGCAAGUCCACUUGGGGUCACUGUUCCAUAUACAACCGCAGGCUUCCAUCUGGAUUUUCAUAUAGAAAACUCUACAUGGAGUUAGAUGAAGGAAGCCUAACCUUCAACGCCAACCCGCAAGAGGGUGUCAGUUACUUCAUGUCCAGAGGUAUUCUUGUGGACCACCCGAAGGAAAUUGCCAAGUUUAUAUUCUAUACCAGAAUGCUGAACUGGAAGAUGCUGCAGAUUUAUCUUGAUGAACGGCGAGAUGUCUUGGAUGAGCUUGUCACACUUCAUAACUUUAGUAACCAGUUCCUCCCUAAUGCACUGAGAGACUUCUUUAGACACAUUCAUGCCCCGGAGGAGAGGGGCGAGUACCUGGAGACCCUCAUCACUAAGUUUUCUCAUCGUUUCUGUGCCUGCAACCCCACUCUGGUGCAGGAAGUGGGCUUAAGUCCUGAUGCAGUGUACGUUCUGUGCUAUUCCCUCAUCCUUCUCUCGAUCGAUCUGACCAGCCCUCACGUAAAGAACAAGAUGUCCAAGAGGGAGUUUAUCCGAAACACAAGGCGGGCUGCUCAGAACAUCAGCGAGGACUUUGUAGGGCACCUCUAUGACAACAUCUAUCUGAUCGGCCACGUGGCGGCCUAGGCACUACAGCGCUUGACAUGUUAGAGAGAGACUGCUGGCACGUAAAACUUCAGCGACUGCACUAGGAAAGGAUUCUGCUUCAAGCUGGAAGAAACACUCUGCAGGUCAUUUUAAACUGAAGUCUUGUGAGUGAAGCCCUUGAUAUGAUGUGCUGCAGUGCACAGGAGCGGAGGACGGCCACAAUGUGAAGAAUCAGCAGAGCAAGUCAUUUGUUAGCAGGCUAGCAAUGGUAGCGACAAGGUUUUCUACCACAAAGCGCUUAAACCUGCAAAACCAUGUAGCUACAUGAAGAUAUAUGAGAUAAGCUAUUACAUCAGUUAAAGCUGAAUGUAGAAUUGAUGUGGCUUGCAUCAUAUUUACAAAGACAACUUUUUUCUCAUCAUUUGGAAACCUCUCGUGCUUAAUCAAAUGAAUGUCCGCUUUUUUUGCCAUAUCUACAAAAUUCAGGCAAGUGUGAGACAUUCAGUCUACAGUCACUGUGAUAUUAAAGAAUUGACAGACUAAAACAGCACACCUACAAUACUGAUUAUGAACAAACAAAUUUUUUUAUUUUAAUUCUGUGUCUACUUUCUUGUUUUAGGAGGCUUUGUGUCUGUGCAUUGUCACAUGUCUCAUCUUCGUUGAGAAGAUUGAAAUCCUGUGAGACAUAUGCACUGAAAUUUUAUUAUGUAUAAUUCAUAGGUUUGGUACCUUUUUUGGUCCUCUUCCUUUCUACAGUUUUUUUUUUUUUUUUUUUUUACAUUAUUUUUUGUGUUGUUGUUCAUCACAUUCUGUUAGACAAUUUUUCAAUCAUACUAAUGAUAUACACACAUACUUCAUAUUCAAGCGAAUUAAGUCAGCGAUCGCUUUCUUCUAAACAUCUAAGUAUGUUCGAGACGAGCCUUUUCUAUUUCUCAAAUAAUUCAUUGGACAUCAUGUCUUUUAGUUGAAAAUGUACUCCCAGCUCAAAAAUGUGGGUAUUUUUUUUUUUUCUCUUAUUCAGACUUACUACAAUUGGGUGCCAAUAGUGAUGAUAAAAUACUAAAUAUAUACACAAUAAUACGUAAAAUUAUUAUUAUUCACACACACUGCAUAGUUUAAUGUUGGACAUUUUAUUUGCACAUAAUGUAUAUAUUUAAGUUAGAGAUUUAUAAACAUUAUAUUUAAUUUUGGAGGAUUUUAACUAAGAGCUGUGGUCUUUCCCUUAAGUAAAAGAGUAAAUUCUUUCCUUUUGCACUUUUUUUUUUCUUUUGGCAUAUUUACAAUGUCACAAUACUAUGAAUACCUAACCACUCAGAAAACUGCUGCCACAUUUAUUUGUGAAAUGUUAUGGCAACAACUACAUAAUUCUGACAAUUAUUAUUCAGUACUGAAUUAACUGUAAUUUUUAUAACAGAUUACAGCUCAUCUGCCCCUGUAAUUAUCCAGCAUAUGCAAUUCUAUUUAAACAAUUCUGCUAAACUGUAGUUAAAUUGCAGAAAGAAUGUUUAAUAUGAUAACACUGGAUAAACGCACUUAUAGUCUGUAUUAAAAAAUAAAAAAUAAAAAAAACUUUGAAAAUCACUC